AUGAUCAUGAGCUCGUAUUUGAUGGACUCUAACUACAUCGAUCCGAAAUUUCCUCCAUGCGAAGAAUAUUCGCAAAAUAGCUACAUCCCUGAACACAGUCCGGAAUAUUACGGCCGGACCAGGGAAUCGGGAUUCCAGCAUCACCACCAGGAGCUGUACCCACCACCGCCUCCGCGCCCUAGCUACCCCGAGCGCCAGUAUAGCUGCACCAGUCUCCAGGGGCCGGGCAAUUCGCGAGGCCACGGGCCGGCCCAGGCGGGCCACCACCACCCUGAGAAAUCACAGCCGCUCUGCGAGCCGGCGCCUCUCUCAGGCGCCUCCGCCUCCCCGUCCCCAGCCCCGCCAGCCUGCAGCCAGCCAGCCCCUGACCAUCCCUCCAGCGCCGCCAGCAAGCAACCCAUAGUCUACCCAUGGAUGAAAAAAAUCCACGUUAGCACGGUGAACCCCAAUUAUAACGGAGGGGAACCCAAGCGCUCGAGGACAGCCUACACCCGGCAGCAAGUCCUGGAAUUAGAGAAAGAGUUUCAUUACAAUCGCUACCUGACCCGAAGGAGAAGGAUCGAGAUCGCCCACUCGCUGUGCCUCUCUGAGAGGCAGAUCAAAAUCUGGUUCCAAAACCGUCGCAUGAAAUGGAAGAAGGACCACCGACUCCCCAACACCAAAGUCAGGUCAGCGCCCCCGGCCGGCGCUGCGCCCAGCACCCUCUCGGCAGCCACCCCGGGCACUUCUGAAGACCACUCCCAGAGCGCCACGCCGCCAGAGCAACGGGCAGAGGACAUUACCAGGUUAUAA